UCUUCUUCUUCUUCAGUCUUCACCCUUCCAAUACUUCUUUGUCUUCUUCUUCUCCCUCUCUCCUAUGAAAAGAGAUUUAAGUUUUUUCCUUUCCCAAUUUUUUUCCUCUGUUCUUUGUGUCUCAUUUUCCAUUUCCUUUUGUCUUUUAUAAAUUAAAUACAUUAUAGAUCUUUAAUCUCUAUUGCCACUACCAAUGAGGCUAAGCAUGUGUUGGUGUCAUGGAAGGCUACUGGCAAACGGCAACCACUUCACGGCUUGAUCCAUGCAUUCUCUUGUUGAUAUGUGGUUUAUUCUUGUUGGAAGUGGAGAAAAUUAUACAGCCUCAUACAGAGUGAGUGAAAAUUCUAAAGGAGAAACUCCAGCAAUGGUAUUUACAAAGGAACAUAUGGAGCUUGUUAAGAAAGGUGAGAAAUGGAUGAAACAAGCAGCAACCGGAUGCUCAUUAGCAACAACACUCGUUACCACAAUUGUAUUUGCAGCGGCUAUCAGCGUGCCUGGUGGCAACGGAGAUAAUGGUAAACCAAAGUUUUCCCAUGAGAGAAGCUUCAUUAUAUUUGACAUUUCGGAUGCACUCUCUCUACUGUCAUCAAUUGCCGCCAUGAUAAUGUUCCUGUCCAUGCUCAUUACAGGCUAUGCAGAAGAUAAUUUUUUUUAUGUCCUGCCCAACAGAUUAAUAUCAGGUCUCGUUUUAUUGUUCGUCUCUGUAACGUCGAUGAUGGUAGACUAUGGUGCCACUGUUUAUCUAGUGUUUUAUGACAGAAAGGCACACUGGAUACUUGCUUUUCUGGGUGCUUCAGUUUGUUCGCCUGUGUUUUUGUUUGUGUAUUUGAAACUUCCCCUCCUGGUAGACUUUGUCUUUUAUACAUAUGGCCCCGGUAUUUCCCUCAAGUGAGAAAAAAUAGAAUUCGAAUUUAGUAUGUACUAGAGUCUAGAGAAAUUGUCAGGGUGAUUAUAUAAGAAAAUAUUUUUAUACUCGUAGAUUUUGUAAC